AUGGCUGCCAGGAGAUGGCAGACCAUGUCCGCGGGGAAGCGAGCCCCUUUUGAAGCCGAAGCGGCAUUAAUGGCAGCCAUACAGAACAGCUCGGGGCUGCUUGACCGCCGGAAAAAUCUGGCUCUUGUUCCAGGAUACGAUGCUUAUUUCUCCUUUACAAAGGGGAAGUCUGCAUAUUCUGGUGUCGUUACAUACGUAAAGAAUGCAGUAAUUGCUCCCGUUGCUGCCGAAGAAGGCAUUUCAGGCAUACUUUCCAAGACAGCCUCUGCAGUGAAGGGGCCUGAUGAUACAACACCAGAAGCUCUCAUUGGCUGUAUCCCAUCAGGCUAUACAACAGAAGAGUUGCUUGCCAUAGAUAGCGAGGGAAGAUGUGUAGUACUAGACUUUAAUCUCUUCACUCUUUUUAAUGUCUACUGUCCGAACGAGUCUAGCCUAGAAAGACGCCCGUUUAAGCUGAAAUUCUACGAAAUACUAAAAGCGCGUGUCGAAGGACUUUUACAAGCAGGCAAACAAGUUAUAGUUGUGGGCGAUAUGAACAUUGAGCAUAAGGAAAUAGAUCACUGUAAUCCAAAGGGAGCAAUAAAAGAUAAAGGGUUGAAUGCGUUCGGAGAUCAUCCUGCUCGCAAAUGGUUUGACUCUUUUGUGGUGUCUAAUGGAUCAAUGGUCGAUGUGUGCAGAAUGUUCCACCCUGAUGAGAAGUUCAUGUAUACCUGUUGGUCUACCGUACUUAAUGCGCGACCUGCGAAUUAUGGUGUACGUAUAGAUUACAUAUUAGCAAGUGAGGAUCUCAUGAAAUGGUUCAAAUCUUGCAACAUUGACCCCAAUGUCAUGGGUUCGGAUCAUUGUCCAGUCGUGGCAGAGUUAUAUGAUGAAAUAUAUGAUAAACAAAAGCACGUGUUGCUAGAUGAAAUUAACCUAAAAGAAAAAGGUCAAAGAGUCAAGGUGGAAACGCCUAGACUUUGUGCCAAGUAUAUGGCGAAAUUUGCAGGAAAACAGCAAACCUUGAAAAGCUUUUUCACCGCAGCGGCUCAAAGCAAAGCAACGCUAGGAUUGGGGAAAUUGGCAGCGGAGGGUUCAACUGCGAAUUCGAUCGAGCGUAGCAAUGACACAAGGAUAGACGCAGAUGAAAACACGGAUCAAAAAAAGGACACUUCAUCUGCUGAGAAAUUAACCGCAAAGAGACCCAGAAAACAAUUGACAAAGUCAGUUCAAAAGAAACUCAAUGUUUCAAAGGAACAAAUAUCACCUCCAUGUAGCCAGACGUCAAUAGCCAACUUUUUUAAACCUGCAGCUACAACAGAAGAAAGUGCAGAAGUACCUCAGUCGACCAGUUUUGGUAGUCAAGAUGCGCCAAUUGAUCUGGAUCCUUUGGAAAUAUCCGAUGAAGAUAUAAAAGUAACCACUAAUAAGAAUACAGAGGUGACAAGCAAAUGGAAUGCUCUGUUCACCCCCAAACCAAUACCCAACUGCAAUGUCCAUG